AUGGACGAUACCUGGGUCAACCGCACCAGAACAGGAAACACUCGAGAUAAACUGUCAGAAGCGACGUCGAAGAUCGAAUCAUUGCUCAAGGAUGUACUCAGCGACUUAGAAAUCAUUUGCACAAUUCGUGAUCGAAUGAUGGACCAGGACUAUUGUGAGUUUAUCAUAAUAGAGAGAGAUCUGAGACCGUGUUUUGACAUCCCCGAUGUUGUGGGGGACGCCUUGUUGAGACUUUCAAGGACUUUCAAUGCACAAGAACCUCUUAUCAAGUUUAUCAGGCAAACGAUGGCCGCCGCCGAGCAAGACGAAUAUCUCGAAGCCUUUGUUGAUGGACCCCUGUCGGAUAGCAACCUCUCUACCUCGACAUAUGUUCCGCGCCUCGGACAGGAGGGUCAUUAA